UCCGCUGCUCUUCCUACCGCUACCUCGUCGUCCAGCUGACGCGUUCUUCAUCGACGCCCGACAUCGACGCCCGACAUCAACGCCCGACAUCGACGCCCGACAUCGACGCCCGACUUGCUGCCCGACAUCGACGCCCGACUUGCUGCCCGCUUUUCGCUGCUUUCUCGAUCGUCUGUCCUUGGCUCCACCGUGCUCUCUGCACUGGUUGGCUGCCCACGCCGCCGCUUGUCCUCUUUGCACCCUCUGCCUACCCGUCCUUCGUCUGUCCGAUAAGCGCUUCCAUUAUGUCUGCGCGUGUAUGCUAGUCCGUGAAUACAUGCGUCCGCCCGCGAGCCCUCCGUCCCGUCCCAUCCCAACGGCGAUCACGACAACGACCUCGCCCGCCAGCUCGACCUCAUGAUGGCUCACGACCUGCAGGAUUCCCGGCAAUGUCCCAUUGCGCGCUCAACGAGCUCGUCCGCUCGUCUCCCAUCGACGCGCGACAUCCACCUCCCACGCGCCAACGCGCCUCGCUCCCAUCGUCCUCUACAUCCGCCGCCAUCCACAGCAAACACCUUGCGCUGCAUAUCUCCCCCACCCCGCCGCCGCCCACCGCACCGUCCGACAUCCCACCUGCACCAUACCACCUUUGCGAUUCUCCUCUGCGCGGUAUCGAGCGCCUUGUUGGCGUUGAACUCCCCCCCUUCAUCGCGUCCGCCAAUCUGGAGGACGACUUGCGGCACCCACGUGAGCAAGAAGUAUGUCCACCGCCUCACACGAUUUCCCCUGCCGCAUACGCGAGCGCCGCGUUCUCGCACAUCCUCUCAUCCGUCGCCACCAACAUCGACGCCGAGAAGAGCUUCAUCAGACACCGGACUUGGAAAAGCUGAAGGCAUAUGCAUCAGAGGCGUAGGCGUUACCCCAGCUGUACCAAUGGCAGAAGGAGCGACCCGGACCUCAACCGCAGGGGGGAGAGAUACCAAUGACCGACGAGGGAUACCCUCCCCCAGCCCCUUCUUAUCCCCUCCCCGUCCCAGCACGGCGUGCACGGACCACCGGCCCCCCCUCCUCGCGUCGACCCGCAAAGUGCGACGGCGUCGCACCCUCCCAGGCCCCGCGGCUGCGAAGCGUGUCCGGGUCGCCCGCCGCCCACCGCCCGGGAGCGCGUCCGCUCGCUUCUGCGACGCCCGGGACCACCCCAGCGUCGCGAGCCCCGACCCUUGCCGCCCCCGUCGGGCUGCCGUCGGUCGGUACGUUAUGUGAGACUUUUCGAACGCGGCGAACACCCGUUUGAUAGCGUGCUACAACGCGUCUUCGUAUGCGCUUCGUGUCAUUUCGGGCGCCGGCUUGCGAUCGUAUCACCCGGAGCAUGUGGACCCGUCGGGGAAGUUCGACAAGGCGGAGUGAAGGUGUUGACCGACAGCGAGAUACUGUCGUCGGUCAUUGGCAGCGAGAUGGACUGGCUUGAGGUACAUUCUCUGUCGUAGUCCGGCUAAUCAAAGUGUUUUCCUGCAGUGCCAAGUUCGCGUUCAGAAAAAGGACACUUGCGGUUAUGGAGAGUCGUUCACCGUCAGCUAGUGGCACCUCACAAUUAGAUCUGCAACUGCCCUGGACACGUAUGAUCAUAUCUCAUUCUCUCCGACGGCUUGCGUGCAACGCCCGGCACAUCACUAAUACCUAUCGUACCUCUGACCGUGUAUGCAUAGUCGCAAUUUGAGUAGCCGUGCCCCCCUCACUUCUCUUCCGACGUCCCAAUGGGUACGCUGUCCUCCGAGUGCCGUUCUGGUAUGUAUCGCUAAACUAGGUACACUAGAACAAGAUGUGUAAAACGUGGGCAGG